AUGGCCGAAUCGACAUCGACCCCGCUAGACUCAAACCUGGAUAUUAGCGACAAUAUCGCACCCGUGAACAUCCAUCUCCCUCGCAUCUCAAUCCAGUUCUGCACACAGUGCCGGUGGAUGCUCCGCGCCGCAUACUUCGCCCAAGAACUCCUCUCGACAUUCAGCACAGACCUCGGAGAAGUCGCCCUCGUCCCCAAGACCGGCGGCGUGUUCACAGUUACGAUAUGGCACGGUACGAUGAAUGACGGGGAGAUCACGACGCAGGAGAGUAUUCUGUGGGAUAGGAAGAGGGAUGGGGGCUUCCCUGGUAUGUUCCUGUUCUUGUUCCUGUUCUUCUUCUUCUUCUUCUUCUUCUUCUUCUUCUUCUUCUUCUUUUCUGCUUUACUAUCUAUUCUAGUUAUAUAG